AUGUUUUAUGCGGUCAUCUGGAUUUUCUGCGCCACUUUAUUGGCAAUCUUGUUUGGAGGAGUACGUAAACCGAAGCGAUUUCCGCCAGGACCUCGUUGGUAUCCCAUAGUGGGCAGUGCCCUUCAGGUUUCCCAACUGCGAUGCCGCCUUGGGAUGUUCUGCAAAGUGAUUGAUGUGUUCGCCAAGCAAUAUGUGAAUCCUUAUGGCUUCUUUGGCCUCAAAAUUGGCAAGGAUAAGGUGGUAAUUGCCUAUACCAAUGAUGCGAUCAGUGAGAUGAUGACCAACGAGGAUAUUGAUGGCCGACCCGAUGGCAUAUUCUAUCGCCUAAGGACCUUCAACAACCGAUUGGGAGUUCUUUUAACCGAUGGGGAAAUGUGGGUGGAGCAGCGUAGAUUCAUCCUAAGACACCUAAAGAACUUCGGUUUUGCCAGAAGUGGAAUGAUGGAUAUCGUUCAUAAUGAAGCCACCUGUUUGCUGCAGGACCUCAAGGACCAAGUGGCCAAGUCCGGAGGAAAGCAGGCGCGGAUCGAGAUGCACGAUCUGACGAGUGUUUAUGUUUUGAAUACCCUCUGGUGCAUGUUAAGUGGUCGAAGAUAUGAACCUGGUUCUCCGGAGAUCACGGAGCUGCUGGAGACCUUCUUCGAGCUCUUCAAAAACAUUGAUAUGGUGGGUGCUCUGUUCAGUCACUUUCCUCUACUUCGCUUCAUUGCCCCGGAUUAUUCCGGAUACAAUGGUUUUGUGGAGAGCCAUCGAUCCUUGUAUUCCUUUAUGAGCAAGGAAAUCGAGCUGCAUCGCUUGACCUACAAGAACUACGACGAGCCCAGGGAUCUGAUGGAUUCGUAUCUUCGUGCCCAGGAGGAGGGCAAUGAUGAGAAGGGCAUGUUCAGUGAUGAGAGCCUGUUGGCCAUUUGCCUGGACAUGUUCUUGGCCGGAUCCGAGACGACCAACAAAAGUCUGGGCUUCUGCUUCAUGCACUUGGUGCUGCAACCGGAAAUCCAGGAGCGGGCCUUCCGGGAAAUCAAGGAGGUGGUGGGUCUGGAGCGCAUUCCCGAGUGGUCCAGGGAUCGUGCCAAGCUGCCCUAUUGCGAAGCCAUCACCUUGGAGGCGGUCAGGAUGUUUAUGCUCCACACUUUCGGAAUUCCCCAUCGAGCGGUCUGCGAUACUCGUUUGUCGGGAUACGAAAUUCCCAAGGAUACGAUGGUUAUUGCCUGCUUCAGGGGAAUGCUCAUCAACCCGGUGGACUUUCCCGAUCCGGAGGCCUUCGAUCCCGAGAGAUUCCUCUUCGACGGUCACCUAAAACUGCCGGAGGCUUUCAAUCCCUUUGGCUUUGGACGCCAUCGCUGCAUGGGGGAUUUGUUGGGAAGGCAGAAUCUCUUCAUGUUCAUGACCACAGUGCUGCAGAACUUUAAAAUGGUAGCUAUUCCUGGCCAGGUUCCAGAGGAGGUACCCCUCGAAGGAGCUACUGCUGCGGUCAAGCCUUACGACAUUAUGUUAGUGACUAGAGAGCAUUAA